AUGGCGGAGAGCUACAAGGCCCGAAAGGAGGCAUUCGUCUCGAACUUAUCAGGGAGCAGUGUUUGGGAUAUCAAUACCGUGGCAGCUGUUGUUCCAAGUGCCGUGCUGCUCUGGUCUGUCCUACAAUCGCGCCGUUCUUUCUUUACGCCGUAUGAAUUACCAGCUCUGAUAACAGACUCUCUUCUCGCCGUGGGCACUGUACUAUUCGCAAUUACCUUCUACUCCUCCUCACCUAUCGUAUUGAACAUCCUACUCCUCUCUCCGGCCGUCCUUCUCCUGUUAAGCACCAAGUCAAAACCGUCACGGCAAAAGGCAAAGCCACCAGCUACAAAGUCCAGUUCAUCAGACUCCAAAAGUCAUGGCUCUGAUACUACAAUGGACGUUCUCCCCCAGCGGCCCUUUCUCACCAAUUACCGAGGGAGCUUGAUGAUCAUCACCUGCCUGUCGAUUCUAGCAGUGGACUUCAAGAUAUUCCCUCGACGGUUCGCAAAGGUGGAAAACUGGGGCACAUCGCUUAUGGACUUGGGGGUAGGGUCGUUCGUCUUCUCGGGCGGUGUUGUUUCAGCUCGCUCGGUGCUUGGAGGACACGGCUCCCAGGGGUCGUUUGCAAAGCGCUUACUUGCAUCUGCACGCCACUCCGUUCCUCUCCUGAUACUGGGUCUGAUUCGCCUGUACAGUGUCAAGGGAUUGGACUACGCUGAGCACGUAACAGAGUACGGCGUGCACUGGAAUUUCUUUUUCACCUUGGGGCUAUUACCGCCCUUUGUGGAGAUUUUCCAUGCACUCAGCAUCUUGAUUCCGUGGUAUGAGGCCCUUUCACUGAUUGUCAUCGGUGGCUACCAGGUGGCGCUGGAAUCCACGAGCUUGAAGGAGUAUAUCCUGAUCUCACCGCGUGGGCCGUCACUGCUAUCCAAGAACCGAGAAGGAGUGUUUUCUUUCAUCGGCUACCUUGCCAUCUUCCUGGCAGGUCGAGGAGCCGGGUUGCGGAUAAUACCUCGCAGGCCACGAAAGACGCUCCUCGUCCAACUGGCAACAUGGUCAGCGGCGUGGGUCGUCCUUUUCACCCUCAACUCUUCCUAUCUUUAUGGAUAUGGCGGGGGAAUGCCGGUCUCGCGCCGGCUGGCUAACUUGCCAUAUGUGCUCUGGGUUAAUGCAUUCAACUUGACCCACAUGCUGCUGUUCUGUCUUAUAGAGACCUUUGUCUUCCCGUCAGUGGCAAAGGCUUCAAAUAGAAAAGAGGAAGCGGAACAGUGUGAGUUUGCGACGAGCAGGGUCAUGAGAGCCUUCAACAAGGGUGGGCUGACGGUAUUCUUGAUCGCAAACUUGCUGACCGGCGCCGUCAACCUGGGGAUGAACACGCUCGAUGCCAGGAAGGAAUUGGCCAUGGCGGUUUUGAUGGGAUAUUCCACCAUCCUGACAGGGGUUGCAUUGGCUCUAGAUUUUUGGAAUAUAAAACUCAGGCUAUAA